UGGACUGGUUCUAGAGUCCAGGAGGAUUGAGCAUCUGGUUUCCCAUUCAUCAUCCUAUUGGAAGAGUCGCUGGCCUCUGUGUGGGAGGCACAGGAAGCCAGUAUGGUAGGAGAUACUAGAAGGAAAUUUUAAACGUGGUCUCGCCUGUGGAUUUUCAUUCCCAAGGCUACUUCAAACCUUGUUACUGUGCAAGAGCCCUCCCUGACUCCCUCCCCCGCAUCUCCAACCUCCCCUGGGGUCCAUGCAGGCUCAGUCUGCACACGGCUGCGUUGUUCUGCACUUGCUCCUUUGUUGCUGUGAAACGGGCUCCCGGCACAGUCAGCUUCUGUGUGGGAGGACUGGUGGCUGUCUUUGCAGGCAGGCAUUUGCUAAGAACAGGCUGCGUGUGAGCCCAACACCAGCGAAUCUGGCCUGGAGUCGGUCGGUCAGUGGUGGUGGUGGGAUGAGGCUCUGCCCUGGAGACUGGCUGUGAAGGAUGAGUUCAGGGUGGGAUGACGGACCGCUUCUGGGACCAGUGGUAUCUUUGGUAUCUCCGCUUACUUCGGCUGCUGGAUCGAGGUAUCCUGAGAUCUUUUCGGAAUGAUGGUUUGAAAGCUUCUGAUGUUCUUCCCAUCCUAAAGGAGAAAGUGGCCUUUGUGUCUGGGGGCCGUGAUAAGCGAGGUGGACCCAUCCUGACCUUCCCUGCCAGAAGCAAUCAUGACAGAAUAAGACAGGAAGACCUUCGGAAACUUGUGACGUAUUUGGCCAGCGUGCCAAGUGAGGACGUCUGCAAACGUGGCUUCACAGUCAUCAUCGACAUGCGGGGCUCCAAGUGGGACCUCAUCAAGCCCCUCCUCAAAACCCUGCAGGAAGCCUUUCCCGCCGAGAUCCAUGUGGCCCUCAUCAUCAAGCCCGAUAACUUCUGGCAGAAACAGAAGACCAACUUCGGCAGCUCCAAGUUCAUCUUUGAGACAAGCAUGGUGUCUGUGGAGGGCCUCACAAAGCUGGUGGACCCCUCCCAGCUGACAGAGGAGUUUGAUGGCUCUCUGGAUUACAACCACGAGGAAUGGAUUGAGUUGCGCCUCUCCUUGGAGGAGUUCUUCAACAGUGCGGUACACCUCCUGUCACGCCUUGAGGACCUGCAGGAGAUGCUGGCCCGGAAGGAGUUCCCUGUGGAUGUGGAGGGCUCUCGGAGGCUUAUCGAUGAGCACACACAACUUAAGAAAAAGGUGCUGAAGGCCCCUGUGGAGGAGCUGGACCGGGAGGGGCAGCGGCUGCUGCAAUGCAUCCGCUGCAGUGAUGGAUUCUCAGGGCGCAACUGCAUCCCAGGGAGCGCUGACUUCCAGAGCCUUGUUCCCAAGAUCACCAGCCUCCUUGACAAGCUGCAUUCUACCCGACAACACCUGCACCAGAUGUGGCACGUGCGCAAGCUCAAGCUAGAUCAGUGCUUCCAGCUGCGGCUCUUCGAGCAGGAUGCCGAGAAGAUGUUCGACUGGAUAAGCCACAACAAGGAGUUAUUUCUUCAGAGCCACACAGAGAUCGGAGUCAGCUACCAGCAUGCACUAGACCUCCAGACACAGCACAAUCACUUUGCUAUGAACUCCAUGAAUGCCUAUGUCAACAUCAACCGCAUCAUGUCUGUCGCUUCCCGCCUCUCAGAGGCUGGCCAUUACGCCUCCCAGCAAAUCAAGCAGAUCUCCACGCAGCUAGACCAGGAGUGGAAGAGCUUUGCUGCCGCCCUGGAUGAACGAAGCACCAUCCUGGCCAUGUCUGCAGUGUUCCACCAGAAGGCAGAGCAGUUUCUGUCAGGAGUGGAUGCCUGGUGCAAGAUGUGCAGUGAAGGUGGCCUUCCCUCUGAGAUGCAGGACCUGGAGCUGGCCAUCCAUCAUCACCAGUCCUUGUAUGAGCAGGUGACCCAGGCUUACACAGAGGUCAGCCAGGAUGGCAAAGCAUUGCUGGAUGUUCUGCAGCGUCCCCUGAGUCCUGGGAACUCUGAAUCUCUCACAGCCACAGCCAACUACUCCAAAGCAGUACACCAGGUGCUGGAUGUGGUACAUGAGGUGCUGCACCACCAGCGACGGCUCGAGAGCAUCUGGCAGCAUCGCAAGGUGCGGCUGCACCAGCGGCUGCAGCUAUGUGUCUUCCAACAGGAUGUGCAACAGGUACUGGACUGGAUUGAAAACCAUGGUGAGGCCUUUCUCAGCAAACACACUGGGGUUGGGAAGUCCUUGCAUCGAGCACGGGCACUACAGAAGAGGCAUGAUGACUUUGAAGAAGUGGCUCAGAAUACAUAUACCAAUGCGGACAAGCUUCUAGAAGCAGCGGAGCAGCUGGCUCAGACUGGGGAAUGUGAUCCGGAGGAGAUCUACAAGGCAGCCCGACACCUGGAGGUGCGCAUCCAAGACUUUGUGCGCAGGGUGGAGCAGCGGAAGCUUCUCCUGGACAUGUCAGUCUCCUUCCACACACACACCAAAGAGUUGUGGACAUGGAUGGAAGACCUGCAGAAGGAGAUGCUGGAGGAUGUCUGUGCAGACUCUGUGGAUGCGGUCCAGGAACUGAUCAAGCAGUUCCAACAGCAGCAGACCGCCACCCUGGAUGCCACCCUCAAUGUCAUCAAGGAAGGCGAAGACCUAAUACAGCAGCUCAGGUCAGCGCCUCCCUCCCUGGGGGAGCCCACCGAGGCCAGGGACUCAGCUGUAUCCAACAACAAAACCCCCCACACUAGCUCUAUCAGCCAUAUCGAGUCUGUCCUGCAGCAGCUGGACGAUGCUCAGGUGCAGAUGGAAGAGCUGUUCCACGAGCGGAAGAUCAAGCUGGACAUCUUCCUGCAGCUGCGCAUCUUCGAGCAGUACACCAUCGAGGUGACAGCAGAGCUGGAUGCCUGGAAUGAGGACUUGCUCCGGCAGAUGAAUGACUUCAACACAGAGGAUCUGACCCUGGCAGAGCAGAGGCUACAGCGCCACACGGAGCGGAAGCUUGCCAUGAACAACAUGACCUUUGAGGUCAUCCAGCAGGGCCAGGACCUGCACCAGUAUAUCAUGGAGGUGCAAGCCUCAGGAAUCGAGUUAAUCUGUGAGAAAGACAUUGACCUGGCAGCUCAGGUGCAGGAGCUACUGGAGUUUCUCCACGAGAAGCAGCAUGAGCUGGAGCUCAAUGCGGAGCAGACACACAAGCGGCUGGAACAGUGUCUCCAGCUGCGGCACCUUCAGGCCGAGGUCAAACAGGUUCUGGGAUGGAUCCGCAAUGGAGAGUCAAUGCUCAAUGCCAGCCUGGUCAACGCCAGCUCUUUGUCGGAGGCAGAGCAGCUGCAGCGGGAGCACGAACAGUUCCAACUUGCCAUCGAGUCCCUCUUUCACGCCACUUCCUUGCAGAAGACGCACCAGAGCGCCCUGCAGGUACAACAGAAAGCAGAAGCACUGCUCCAGGCUGGACACUAUGAUGCCGACGCCAUCCGGGAAUGUGCCGAGAAGGUGGCCCUCCACUGGCAGCAGCUCAUGCUAAAGAUGGAAGACCGGCUGAAACUAGUCAACGCCUCUGUGGCCUUUUACAAGACCUCUGAGCAGGUGUGCAGUGUUCUGGAGAGCCUAGAGCAGGAGUACCGGAGAGACGAGGACUGGUGUGGUGGGCGAGACAAGCUGGGGCCGGCGGCAGAGAUGGACCAUGUCAUCCCGCUCCUCAGCAAGCACCUAGAACAGAAGGAAGCCUUCCUAAAGGCCUGUACUCUGGCUCGGCGGAAUGCUGAGGUGUUUCUCAAGUACAUCCACAGGAACAAUGUCAGCAUGCCCAGUGUUGCCAGCCACACCAGGGGACCUGAACAGCAAGUAAAAGCCAUCUUGAGUGAGCUCUUGCAGAGGGAGAAUCGUGUCCUGCACUUCUGGACCUUGAAGAAGCGGCGGUUAGACCAGUGUCAGCAAUACGUGGUAUUUGAGCGCAGUGCCAAGCAGGCAUUAGACUGGAUCCAAGAAACAGGAGAAUAUUACCUCUCAACACAUACCUCCACUGGAGAGACCACAGAGGAGACUCAGGAGCUGCUGAAAGAAUACGGGGAAUUCAGGGUGCCCGCCAAGCAAACAAAAGAGAAGGUGAAGCUUCUGAUCCAGCUCGCAGACAGCUUUGUGGAAAAGGGCCACAUCCAUGCCACAGAGAUAAGGAAAUGGGUGACCACGGUGGACAAGCACUAUCGAGAUUUCUCCCUGAGGAUGGGGAAGUACCGCUACACCCUGGAGAAAGCCCUAGGAGUCAACACAGAGGAUAACAAGGACCUAGAACUGGACAUCAUCCCAGCAAGCCUUUCGGAUCGUGAGGUUAAGCUCCGGGAUGCUAGCCAUGAGGUCAAUGAAGAGAAACGGAAGUCAGCUCGGAAGAAGGAAUUCAUUAUGGCUGAGCUGCUCCAAACAGAGAAGGCUUAUGUAAGGGACCUACAUGAGUGCUUGGAGACCUACCUGUGGGAAAUGACCAGUGGCGUGGAGGAGAUACCCCCUGGGAUCCUCAAUAAAGAGCACAUCAUCUUUGGCAACAUCCAGGAGAUCUACGACUUCCAUAACAACAUCUUCCUCAAAGAGCUGGAGAAGUACGAGCAGCUGCCUGAGGAUGUGGGACACUGCUUUGUCACCUGGGCAGACAAAUUUCAGAUGUAUGUCACCUACUGUAAAAACAAGCCUGAUUCCAACCAGCUGAUUCUGGAGCAUGCCGGCACCUUCUUUGAUGAGAUCCAGCAGCGGCACGGCCUGGCCAACUCCAUCUCUUCCUACCUAAUUAAGCCAGUCCAGCGGGUCACCAAGUACCAGCUGCUCCUAAAGGAACUUUUAACUUGCUGUGAAGAAGGGAAAGGGGAACUCAAGGAUGGCCUGGAGGUGAUGCUCAGUGUCCCCAAGAAAGCCAAUGAUGCCAUGCAUGUCAGCAUGCUGGAAGGGUUCGAUGAAAACUUGGAUGUACAGGGAGAGUUGAUUCUCCAGGAUGCCUUUCAAGUGUGGGACCCAAAGUCGCUGAUCCGGAAGGGGCGGGAGCGGCACCUGUUCCUCUUUGAGAUCUCCUUGGUGUUUAGCAAGGAGAUCAAAGACUCUUCAGGACACACGAAAUAUGUUUACAAGAACAAGCUACUGACCUCAGAGCUGGGUGUGACCGAGCAUGUAGAAGGUGACCCCUGCAAAUUCGCCUUGUGGUCUGGGCGCACCCCAUCCUCAGACAAUAAAACAGUGCUCAAAGCUUCCAACAUCGAAACCAAGCAGGAAUGGAUCAAGAACAUUCGAGAAGUGAUUCAGGAGAGGAUCAUUCAUCUUAAAGGAGCUUUAAAGGAGCCAAUCCAGCUCCCCAAAACACCAGCCAAACUGAGGAACAAUAGUAAGAGGGAGGGAGUAGAGGAUGGUGACAGCCAGGGGGAUGGAAGCAGCCAGCCAGACACCAUAUCCAUUGCCUCCAGGACCUCUCAGAACACAGUGGACAGUGACAAGCUCUCAGGUGGAUGUGAGCUGACCGUGGUCCUUCAGGACUUCAACGCAGGCCACAGCAGUGAGCUGAGCAUCCAGGUGGGACAGACUGUGGAGCUUCUGGAGCGACCGAGUGAGAGGCCCGGCUGGUGUCUGGUCCGUACCACAGAGCGAAGCCCCCCCCAGGAAGGCCUGGUCCCCAGCAGCACCCUGUGCAUCUCACACUCUCGCAGCAGCGUGGAGAUGGACUGCUUCUUCCCCUUGGUGAAAGAUUCAUACUCUCAUUCCUCCGGUGAAAAUGGAGGCAAGUCCGAGUCUGUGGCCAACCUUCAGUCUCAGCACUCCCUGAACUCCAUCCACAGUUCCCCUGGUCCCAAGCGGUCCACCAACACCCUUAAAAAGUGGCUAACCAGCCCUGUGAGGCGGCUCAACAGUGGAAAAGCUGAUGGAAACAUCAAAAAGCAGAAAAAAGUACGCGAUGGGCGGAAGAGCUUCGACCUGGGAUCACCCAAGCCUGGGGAUGAGACGACCCCUCAGGGAGACAGCGCUGACGAGAAGAGCAAGAAGGGUUGGGGCGAAGAUGAGCCAGAUGAAGAGUCACACACACCCCUUCCUCCGCCCAUGAAGAUCUUUGACAACGACCCCACCCAGGAUGAGAUGUCCUCCUCUUUGCUAGCAGCCCGGCAGGCUUCCGCUGAAGUACCUACUGCGGCAGACCUUGUCAGUGCCAUAGAAAAGUUGGUCAAAAGCAAGCUGACUCUGGAAGGAGGCUCUUAUCGGGGGAGCUUGAAGGACCCCACAGGCUGCCUGAAUGAGGGGAUGACCCCUCCCACACCUCCUAGAAACCUGGAAGAAGAACAGAAAGCCAAGGCUCUGAGAGGCAGGAUGUUUGUCCUGAAUGAGCUGGUACAAACAGAAAAGGACUACGUCAAGGACCUGGGGAUUGUGGUGGAGGGCUUCAUGAAGAGAAUAGAAGAGAAGGGGGUCCCUGAGGAUAUGCGAGGAAAGGACAAAAUCGUGUUUGGAAACAUCCACCAGAUUUAUGACUGGCAUAAAGAUUUUUUCCUGGCUGAACUGGAAAAAUGUAUCCAAGAGCAAGACAGACUGGCUCAGCUCUUCAUUAAACAUGAGCGGAAGCUACACAUCUAUGUGUGGUACUGCCAGAACAAGCCACGUUCCGAGUACAUUGUGGCUGAAUAUGACGCCUACUUUGAGGAGGUUAAACAAGAGAUCAAUCAAAGGCUGACCCUUAGUGACUUCCUUAUCAAGCCCAUUCAGAGAAUAACAAAAUACCAGUUGCUACUCAAGGACUUCCUGCGAUACAGUGAGAAGGCUGGUUUGGAGUGUUCAGAUAUCGAGAAAGCGGUGGAGUUAAUGUGCCUUGUUCCCAAACGCUGCAAUGACAUGAUGAAUCUGGGACGCCUGCAGGGCUUUGAGGGCACCCUGACCGCCCAGGGCAAGCUUCUGCAGCAAGACACAUUUUAUGUGAUUGAGCUGGAUGCUGGCAUGCAGUCCCGGACCAAGGAGAGGCGUGUGUUUCUCUUUGAGCAGAUCGUCAUCUUCAGUGAACUACUUCGAAAGGGGUCUCUCACCCCAGGCUACAUGUUCAAAAGGAGCAUCAAGAUGAAUUACUUGGUCCUGGAGGAGAAUGUUGACAAUGACCCCUGCAAGUUUGCACUCAUGAACAGGGAGACUUCGGAGAGGGUCAUUCUGCAGGCUGCCAACUCAGACAUCCAGCAGGCCUGGGUACAGGACAUCAAUCAAGUCCUAGAAACACAGAGGGACUUCUUAAAUGCACUACAGUCACCCAUUGAGUACCAGCGGAAGGAAAGGAACACAGCUGUGGUUCGCUCCCAGCCCCCUAGGGUUCCACAAGCCAGCCCCAGACCCUACUCUUCUGUCCCUGUGGGCUCAGAGAAGCCCCCCAAGGGCUCCAGCUACAACCCGCCUCUGCCACCCCUGAAGAUAUCUACCUCCAAUGGCAGUCCAGGGUUCGACUACCACCAGCCUGGGGACAAGUUUGAAGCUAGCAAGCAGAACGACCUGGGAGGCUGCAAUGGGACCUCAUCCAUGGCUGUAAUCAAAGAUUACUAUGCACUGAAAGAGAACGAAAUAUGUGUGAGCCAAGGUGAGGUGGUCCAGGUCCUCGCCGUCAACCAGCAGAACAUGUGCCUGGUAUACCAGCCUGCCAGCGAUCAUUCCCCAGCAGCAGAAGGCUGGGUCCCAGGCAGCAUCCUGGCACCCCUCACCAAAGCCACAGCAGCGGCAGAAAGUAGUGACGGGAGCAUCAAGAAGUCAUGUUCAUGGCAUACUCUACGCAUGAGAAAGCGGGCAGAAGUGGAGAACACGGGUAAAAAUGAAGCCACAGGGCCUCGUAAACCCAAGGAUAUUCUGGGCAACAAAGUCUCUGUUAAAGAGACGAACAGUUCCGAGGAGUCAGAGUGCGAUGAUCUUGACCCUAAUACUAGUAUGGAGAUCUUAAAUCCAAAUUUCAUUCAAGAAGUGGCUCCAGAAUUCCUUGUGCCCUUAGUAGAUGUGACCUGCUUGCUUGGAGACACAGUGAUACUGCAAUGCAAAGUCUGUGGGAGACCGAAGCCCACCAUCACCUGGAAGGGUCCAGACCAGAAUAUCCUAGACACUGACAACAGUUCAGCCACAUACACCAUCUCCUCUUGUGAUUCUGGGGAAAUCACCCUCAAGAUCUGCAACCUGAUGCCCCAAGACAGCGGGAUUUAUACCUGCAUAGCCACGAAUGACCACGGAUCUGCGUCCACAUCGGCUACAGUUAAGGUGCAAGGUGUUCCCGCAGCCCCCAACAGGCCCAUAGCUCAGGAGAGAAGCUGCACCUCUGUCAUCCUCCGCUGGCUGCCCCCAGCCAGCACCGGGAACUGCACUAUUUCGGGGUACACGGUGGAGUACCGUGAAGAAGGUUCCCAGGUCUGGCAGCAGUCCGUAGCCUCGACCUUGGAUACUUACCUCGUCAUUGAAGACCUUAGUCCCGGGUGCCCUUAUCAGUUCCGGGUCAGUGCCAGCAACCCUUGGGGAAUCAGCCUUCCCAGUGAAGCCUCAGAGUUUGUGCGCCUUCCAGAGUAUGAUGCAGCCGCUGAUGGUGCCACCAUUUCUUGGAAAGAAAAUUUUGAUUCUGCUUACACCGAACUGAACGAGAUUGGCAGAGGCCGUUUCUCUAUUGUAAAGAAGUGCAUUCACAAAGCUACCCGUAAAGAUGUUGCUGUGAAAUUUGUGAGCAAAAAAAUGAAGAAGAAGGAGCAGGCUGCCCACGAGGCUGCCCUGCUGCAGCACCUGCAGCACCCCCAGUAUGUCACUCUCCAUGACACCUACGAGUCCCCCACGUCCUACAUCCUGAUUUUGGAACUGAUGGACGAUGGCCGACUCUUGGACUACCUUAUGAAUCAUGAUGAGCUGAUGGAAGAAAAAGUAGCUUUCUAUAUCCGAGACAUCACGGAAGCUCUGCAGUACCUUCACAACUGCAGAGUGGCACACUUAGACAUAAAGCCUGAAAACUUGCUCAUUGACCUCCGGAUCCCAGUGCCUCGAGUGAAGCUCAUCGACUUGGAAGACGCUGUCCAGAUCUCAGGCCACUUCCACAUCCACCAUCUGCUGGGGAACCCUGAGUUUGCUGCCCCAGAAGUGAUCCAAGGCAUCCCCGUCUCCCUGGGCACAGACAUCUGGAGCAUCGGGGUCCUGACGUAUGUCAUGCUUAGUGGGGUCUCCCCGUUCUUAGAUGAGAGCAAAGAGGAGACCUGUAUCAACGUUUGUAGGGUGGACUUCAGCUUCCCCCAUGAAUACUUCUGUGGUGUGAGCAAUGCUGCCAGGGAUUUCAUCAAUGUAAUCUUACAGGAAGACUUCCGGAGGCGGCCCACAGCGGCCACGUGCCUGCAGCAUCCCUGGCUGCAGCCCCACAAUGGCAGCUACUCCAAGAUCCCCUUGGAUACCUCCCGCCUGGCCUGCUUCAUAGAACGCCGCAAGCACCAGAAUGAUGUGCGGCCCAUUCCCAAUGUCAAGAGUUAUAUUGUCAAUAGGGUGAACCAAGGGACCUAGCCAUCCCCCAACCCCCGAGGUUUCACAUAGAAGUGUGGUGUGAACCAAAGCAAGACUGAAAAUGUCUGUAAAUAACUCUGUUCAUCAUUUCACUCCAUGCGGUUCUCUGGAUUGAGAGGUGGUCCUCUUAAACCUAGUCUGUGGUUACGCAGGGUUGGAGCGGCAUAAACGUGACCCCAUUCCCGGGAGCAUUCCAGAAGGUCAUGCUGAAGAGAUAAAGAUGCAGAGUUGCAGGAAAUAUUAAAAGAAAGGGCAAGACUGAAAAGAUAAAAAGUUAAUUGUAUAUUCCAAACUGAGUGGUGAAGUGGGCAAACGGUCUACCCACUGUGAGGAGUAUAAUAGGUUUCUGACUCCUUUGGAAAUUUAAGCUAAAAGUUCUAUUUAACAGAGAUGUCAACUAUUCUGUUUUAGAUGGUUUAGAUAUAGUUUCUUAACAGGAUAAUAUACACAUACAGUAUAAUAGAUCCCAUUCAGGUUUCAGAGUUUUAUAAUAUAGAGUUCUAUAUGAAAUCAAUCAUAAGUAACUUUGAGUGCUCCCGUUAAGACAGUAAUUUAUUUACCGAAGCAUUGCAUUAUUUUGACUAAGCACAAUUAGAUGACGAGUUUUUUAGAGCAUUUUAUAAAUCUUGUAUAGAAAUCUUUUAUCAGAACCUGUGUAUUAAGAGAAAGUAAUGUGACCCUUUUGCGCUCUGUGAAUGAGAUAUAUAUUUUCCCUCCAUCAUGGGUUGUUUGAGUAAGGUAGGUUCUGAUUAUCAAAGGUUCCCCCUGAACUCACUGACAGCUCAGAGUUCCUCCUGUGGGAAAGCCAGGAAAUAAGUCCAAAUCUAGUAAGAGUUGGGGGUUGUUUUAUGUCCACACCAGGCCUGACGUCGGUAAAUGAUUAUCAGGAGUGCACACAAAAGGGUACAUAGAAACUUUUCCUACAGUCCCUGUGAACAACACAGCCACUCUUUCUGGUUUCAUGGCUGUAGAAUACAGUUUCCAGAAAGCUAGCUUGCUUUAUUCCUAACCCCUCAUGAAGCUUCAGGGUGCUUACCAAAAGGAGGCAGCCAUAUAAGCCUUUUAAAGGCUACCCUAAGUCCUUCCUGAAGCCAUGGAGCAAAGUCUGAUCCAUUCCUCUAAGACAGCAUGGGUUUUUAACUGGGAUAGCAAUACCUAUCACCAUGCAGCCACUGAUUCUCUGGACUAGAAAGACAAACUGUAUUCCAAGACCAAUGCUGCUUUCUCCAUACAAGAUAACUAACUGCCCGGUGCCCCCUGGAGGGAAAACAAAUUAACCAGGGCAUUUCAUUGGUUUUGGGAGGUUUUGAUUUUUGUUUUUUUCUGUUGGGGCGGGUGUGUUUGUACAUGAUCCAUCCUUUGUUUUCUAGGGUGUGUUUUUAAAAAUGUCUUUAUGCAAAUAACAUUCUAAAACUAUAAGUCAAGUGUCUAUGUAAAUUAGGCUUCAUGUCAUCAUGUCUCUCUUGCUAGUGGGAUUGAGAAAAUUGAAAUUAUGUAGUACAAAGUGCAAUCAGAGAAUUUGGGGAGGGAAAAUAAGCUGCAAAAUCAUUUUAACUAUUUAAAGAAGAAAUGAUGGGAACAGUCUGAACUUUAAUGUGUAAAGUCACGUAUUUCCAUGGUGGAAAUGCAGAAUUAAAAUACUCAUUAUUUUCCCACCCACCCCCAUUGGUUUCAAAGUCAAAUUACUCGUUAGUAACCCUCCAUCUCAUCUCAUCCAAGAUUAUAGAGUAAUAAAUUAGUAGAAAGUAAAAGCAAUAAGAUUAGAUAGCACCUAGUAUUUUGGGGAUUAACCAAAUAUGUGGAAACCGACUCUGACUGUAUAGUUUCCUUGUCUUCGGGUUGCCCUGGGUCAUUGAGCCUCACUCCCUCAGAGUUUGCUAACCCUCCACAUUCUUCACUUAAACCAUGGUGUAUACACACACAUAUAAAACCACAUGAUACCAUAUUUAAAACAUGGUUACUAAACAUGCUUACUAAAGUUUUUUUUCUAGUAAACGUGUCUUUAUUAUGAAAUGUAGCAUGAAGGAGGAUGGCCUGGGCCCAGAGGGCUUCUUAUGGGGUAAAGUACAGGCUCUGAGGACUCCAAAGACUCAGAAAGUGACAUGACCAGAUCUGUUCUGUCCAUGAGGGCUGCCUUGAAAGAAGGGCCUCUUGAGCGGUCUUAAAAGUGUUUUGACUGGCUGAGUUUCUGUUAGGGAGGAAAAGAGCCUCGGACAGUGACGUCCAGAUGUCACAGGAGGGCCAUAUUGAACAUGUGUUGUGAGGUGACAGAAUGCUAAGCAGAGCCAAAGUUCUCACAGCCAUGUUUGUGUCAAGGUUGGGGUGAUCUAGAUGUGGGGCUGCAUGGAUUCGUGCCAAGUACACAGAGAAGUCAGGAAAGGAUAGAAGAAGGGAAAGUAAUGAGGUUGUCUUAACGGCAGCCCCAGUACAACUGUUAGAGUAGUGCAAGCUUCAGAGAGGGCCCAUGAGAAAGGGGACACAUUUUCUGUAGUUUGAUGACUGAAAUGAACAGGGAGGCCCCUAUCUGCAAACGCACCUGGUCCUUCCAACAGGCAGCCAGAUGGUCUUGACUCAAGAAAUCUCCCUAGCAAGCUGGGAAUUAGGAGCAAUCCCAUUCAUUGACGGGGCUGGGAAACGUAGUUUGGAGUGCAGUUGUGCUCCACAGUGGCCAGAGAAGAAGAAGCAGGGCCACUCGCCUGCACCUGCUUUCACUGGGAGAUUUAUCACUAGGAGAGAAGAGGGGAGAGGAGAGAGACUCUCCCACCCCUGAUACCAUCCCAGUCGUCCGCACUGCAGUGGACUGCCAGCUAGCCCCAGGACAACAGUGCCCAGCAAGGUCGCAGGCGUCUUGUUUGGCAUGUAUUCAUUGUUUUGACCUCUUUUGUUUUGUACUAAAAGGGUGGGGUACAGAGCAAUGGAAAAGAUCAGGGCCAACCCAUGAUCCUGGAUGAGAAAUCUAAUGAAUUUUUACCCCUUUUACAUUUGUUUCAAACGAAACAGAUUUCUCUCCACUUAAAACUGAAUGUGGUAAAAACUGUUAAGAACAACAUCGUAACGCUGGAUGUGUCCUUCAGGUCUCUCCCAACCACAAGCAACCUAAGUGGGGGUGGAGGAGGCAGAGGGGAAAACUGGCCUCACAAAGCCUUUAUAAAUAGUAGUGCCUUUCAGACGGGAGGUGGGGAGUGAAGUUCAAUUGCAUUUAGAUUUGCCGAUACUGCAGUAUUUUUUUUCCUUAGGUUUAAGAUAUCUUUUAAAUGAAAACAACUGAAUGUAGGACGGGACCAGGCAUUUCGGGUAUUGAUCUCAGCUAUUCCAAAUUCAUUCUUUCUGGUUUCUGCCCCAUGUCCCCAUUGAUAAAAUGGAAUUUGGGGAGAUGGAGAGAGAACAUUAAUCCCUUAAGAAUGUUUAGGAAAACGUCCUGGUUGACACACCUACAAAAUAUUUUUGAUUUCCUUAAAGUGCUACACACUGCCAGUGCUAGAAUUUUAUUGACAAUGACUUUGAACAUUCCAGUUUCCCACGGUUAUAUCUUUGGAUGCCAUUUACAAACUUAAGAGGCUAAAUGUUGUAAAUUGCUUUUCACUGGAAGUUCCAGGUGCUCCUUGUCUGCAAUGUUAUUUGGCCUCAGCUUUUAAUUUCCACCCUGGUCUAUAGAAAAGGGUUAGGAGAGCUGACAAGGUUCAGAAGCUGUUUUCUCUGGUAUUUCUUAUGGCAGACAUGAGAGUCUGAUGCCUUCCAAGAUAGACAGCCAUUCCCUUCUUUUCCCAAGCUAUGUGCUCUGGGGAAAACUGAACAAAGAAGAAUCCAAACAGUUACUCUCCUCACUGGGAGGACAGAUGUGAGAAUAAACACCCUCCCAUGUCACAAUUCAUUUGAGUCUCACAAGAGUCUGCUUGAAAAGGCAAGUGGUAUGCAUGGGAGUUGGGGGGUGGGCAGAGAUGAACUGGACAGAGAGCUUGGGCUCUGGUCUUUCAAGACUAGUCUUCUCUUUGCCCCAAAUCUCCAUGCCUGGGAGCCACUCACUACUACUUUUUUUUCUUGCCUAUCUGGAAGAACAUGGAAAUUUAUAUCUGCGAGAACAUGAGGGAGAAAAUAUUAUCUAAUGUAAACAGUGGUUAUUUCUGUGUUAAUUGAAGCUCUCUCCUCCAUACCUGAUAGAGGGGAAAUCCAUCGAACACAAAGGGUCUCUGUAGUAGACAAAGUACCCACUCAUCACAUCCUAGGAUAGCCCAUGAAUUGUCCUGGAUGAGUUUUGAGGAAUGUAGACCAUACUCCUUUCUUGCCUGGAUAACAUUCCAAUGGAGUCUGAGUUAGACAAACAUACAUAAGCUUUCAACAGAUUUAUUUGUAAAAAGCACCUCAUGAUUUUUCUUUGUUAUUUAAAAUCUAAACACCUUUAGGGGAGGAAUUUUUAGUCCCAGAAUAGACUAAAGGAAAAGCUCACCAACAGAAAAGAAGGUACUAGGAUAACAGUUACUUUCUGAAAACUGAAAGGCUCUCAUUGUCUCAUUCAUUCUAAAGAGCUCAAAAGGGCUGAAAUUUGUCCAGAGACUUAGACGUUUUGGUAGGAAAUGUUUUUCAUGAAAAAUGUAUAUGAAAACAGAAAUAGUAUAUGGUCAUAUUUUUUAUGAAAGACGUUUUCCCUUAUUUUUUUUAAAUAUAAGUUGAAGUUAUAGGAGAAUACAGUCAUUCUACUACAGUGCUUUAAUCUGUAAGUGAUUUUAAUUAAAAGCCUAAAAUUAACACUCCCACAGCUAUUGUCUUUUCCUAUCAGCCUGUUUGCUAAGAAAUUCCAAACUGUGGUCAGAUUUAUCCAAAUGACCAACCUAACAGUUUAGUCAGAUAAACCUCUUUCAGUGAAAGGGGAAGAGCAAGAAAAUGUGCAAAUAGCAAGUCUUGGAAUUCCUGAGCAUAAUUUAACCAAGUCAGUUUGCCAGUCCAGGGAUAAGAGUUGCAUCAAUUCCCCACCUCCAUCAAAAACUAAGUCCAAAUUCUGGAGUCCCUGGAGACCGUUACUGUGACCUCAAAGACUGUGGCUAUGAACCUGAAGUUAACAAAGCAUUUGUCUUCUCCUACUAACUGAAGCCAUAUCUAUCACCUUUGUAUUUGAUUUCGUUUGUUUGUUUUAGCCCUGGUGCUUUUACUUCUGUGUCUGCCAAACUUCAGAUCACUCUGUGGGGAAGUAACUAAAAACUGGAAGAGGGACAAACAGAGAGACUGAAAAACUAAACACACCCUUGAGAAUGCUAUUUAUUCAGAGAACAAUGGCAAUGGCAACUGAGGGCAAACUGUUGGAAAAUAUGGAUAUAUGUACAUCUGUACAUGUAUAUAGUGUAUCAUAUGUAUGUAUAUGUUAUUGCUCAUAUGCAGAAAUCUAUCCAUUUGCAGGCAGCCCAGGUGGGUCAGUUUUUCUACUGGAAAACCAUUUAGGACUAUUCAAAACCAUUAGGGAUAAUACAAUGAGAAUUCUAUUCACAUGGGAAUUAAUUUGGUGUCUUUUGAAGUCCACAUGGCCAAACAAACAAAUUAUGAAACACAUUGGGACCAUUGUUUAUGUGACUCUGUUUCCUCGGAAGUCUACAUUUGUAUUCUUUUGUGUGUGUGAUUUGUUUUUGUUGUUGUUUUGUUUUUGUUGUUUUGAGACAGGGUCCCUCUGUGUAGUCCUGGUUGACCUGGAACUCACUCUAUAGACCAGGCUGGAUAGAGAUCUGCCUGCCUCUGCCUUCCAAGUGCUGAGAUUAAAGGCAUGUGCCAUCACGCCUGGCCUACAUUUGAAUUUUAAUAUCUGAUUUGUAAACUGUGCCCACACUUUUUGGUUUUGGGUGAUCCCCUCCCCUAAAGUCUUUUGAGAAUUUUGGUGGGCUCCUCUGGCCAUUCAGAUAAAAGGCCUUAUCCAUAAGUGGACAGGUUUCCCCAUAGGGACCAUUACACAUAUACAUAUAAAUACAUACUUCCAUCAGGCUUGUAACAAUUGAUUCAAAAUCACUCCACAGUAUUGGUAAAUAGCUCUAUAUUUUCAAGGUGCAGAAGAAUUCCACAGCCUUAAUUAUUUCAGUGUCUUGCUGGUCUGCCUUAAGUGUAUCUUCUGGGGUUUUGGGUUUUGGUUGUUUUAUUAUUUUAAAUUUCCCUGCAGUUGUUCAUUUUGUAUGCACACAAUGUUGUUUUGUAAAGGUAGGUUGUAAAUAUUUUAUUUGUAAGUCAGAAUCACUCAUGUGUAAUGUUGUAAAGUGCCGACCUGCUGUCUUGUUAUUAUUACUGCAGUAAAUGUUAUAAGUUGUGGAUGAAGUUUCAAAAAGUACAUUUCACAUGUUAUGCAUUCCUAUAAAUAUAAUAUACUGAAGAUACUA